AUGGCGACCACUACGAGUUUACAAGCAUAUGCAAGGCUCCAGUAUGGUGAAAGAACGUAUACCUCCCUGGAGUCAAUCCUGGAUAACCCCACUGACAACCUUAUCUCCUCUGCUGCGUCCAUCGAUCGACCGAUGCCUGGCCAGGGGCUAGACGGAAUCUUGUCUGCUUCUCAGUACCCUCAAGCCCUCAUGGAACCUUACCAGAAGCCAUCAUCAAGCACUCGCAAACGGAAGGUGUCUUCGAGAGACCAAACAUGGCAUCGCCCUUCAUUCACCGAAGUAGUCAGCGAGAGCAACCACUCGUCCUUGGUAGAGCCAGAACAAGUGUCUUCACACAAGAAAAAGAAAACCGCCAAGCGAGUGUCGGUCGACACUGAUGGUCAGCAAACUGAAGGCAAAAAGCAACGAGGUCGGCCUCGACUUGACACACAUGAUGAAACGGCUGCAGACCGUCGCCGGACCCAGAUUCGCCUAGCCCAGCGGGCCUACCGACACCGCAAAGAGACCACCAUCUCAGCGCUCAAGGAGAAGGUGACGGCGCUUGAGAACACCAUCGAUCAGAUGAACAAGACAUUUCUGACCUUUCACGAUAAUAUGGUCGAAGCUGGUAUUCUCACUUCGCACUAUACUCUAGGCCGGCAACUCCAGGCCGCGACCGAGGAGUUUGUCGCCUUGGCCAAGAUCACGGCGACCGAGUCUGAUGACGAGGAAGAGAAGAUUUCCAACUUUAUGAAAGAAAAUGACGAUGCCCAAGCUUCACAAGAACCCGGACCCACAUCACAGCCGAGAAGGAAUGGUCGCGUAGACCGAAGAGGGGCCAGCCUUGACCGCACAUCGAUCGAAGGGGAUGCCGAUGUGGAAGAACUCCAGGUGGCCGCCGUAAACCGCACAGAGUCCAACCGCAAUGGUGACAGCAACGCUUUCUCUGUUGUCCAGGGCGUCUUUGAGGACAAUUCCAACCUCCACGGACUCGACGAUCUAUUGUCAUUCAACGCUACGAUUCCAGAAUUCAAUUUCAACGAAGAUCCCGCGUCAAUAUUACUCUCGAACGAACAGAAACGUAGCUUGGGUCCAUCGUUGGUCGAACGCCCUCUCAAACCAGCCGAGUACAGCGGCAAUUAUACGUAUAGCUUCCAGGAAACGACGUUUGCUCGCCGCUUGCACAGACUAUGCCUGGAACGCGGGUUCCAGGCGCUUACGAGCCCUCACGUCGACCCAGCGGAAGUCAACCGCAGGUUCCGCUUCACCUUCUGCUUCAGCAACCGCAAACGCAUGCUCGGUCGGUUCCAGGAGAUGUUGAAGCGCAAGGCCGGCGAGUCGCUCGAGAACUGGAACGUCCCGUAUUUCCACAUCGGCGGGGCUGGACUACACUUCCCUCGCCGCGACGAUGACGGCAACCCGAUAUACCCGCCGAAUAUAAUCAGCCCGCGACGCGCGUUUGUGGGACCCCAGCCUUUUAUCGAGGUCGAGACGCCUCAGUCUGAAGAUGCGGGAACUCAGCAAAUGCUCGAAGCCAUCGGAUUCGGCGGCGAGUGGUACGAUUCGCACGAUGUCGAGGAGUACCUUAAAACCAAGGGAAUUUAUCUCGACGGUCAGACGUCGUUUGUCGAAGUAAUUGAACCGAGUAGUACGGUCACGUCGACAGUGACAGGGCCUGGCUUGAGCGACGGUGCUGGUGACAUAUCGACAUCUACGGUUAUGUCAAGUGCGGGUGUUACGCCGUCGGACGAGGUGAACAUCCGCACUCCAAGCCCGCUCUCGCUACCGAUGGGCGUUGUCGACGGCAACAACAACAACAACAACAGCGACCGUGGCCAUCAUAACUCCAACGCCCGCGAUCCGUAUCUAGCUGCGGAGUUUGAGGAGUUGCUGUACGCCGAUAGUGCGAGCACUCGCAACAACUAUCCUGCUCUGGAUUCGGAGUCGAUUGAAUUUGGCCUCGCGGGCAAAUUGGGCAUGGGGAGAAGUGAUGACAACCCGUGGGCGACGUUUGGCGGGUUGAGUCGCACGAAGCCACCCAUCACGUUUGACGUCGAGGCGUUCCUUGAACAUAUGGUUCAGGACAGUGCUUGUCUCGGACGUGCUCCUGGAUUUAGGAAGGAGACAGUGGACAAGGCUUUGGCUAUAAGCUUGCAAGAGGGUUUCUAA